UCUUUUUCCCUCCAAGCACAAAGCCUCCGCCACAGAGAAGAGGAAAGAAGAAGAAUUAGCAGUGAAGUAGAAGAAUGGCGAUUGAGAUCGCAAAUCUAGGGUUUCAGUUGAAUCCACUUCCCACAUUCUCACCAGUCUUCGUUCCAAGAACGGUCCUCAAAUCCUCUAAACGGUGUCGUUUCGAUCGGAGAAACCUUCUUCUUCUUCGCCCUCCGGCCUCGUCUCUCGUCGACGAACAGCCACAGGUCUCCUUCACGGAACCGGAGAAUCGCCUUAUCGAUUCACUCGUCGGAAUACAAGGUCGCGGUCGCUCGGCGUCUCCUCAGCAGCUCAGUGAUGUUGAAAGUGCAGUGCAAGCUUUGGAAGGUUUAGGAGGUGUGCCUGAUCCGACAAGCUCUAGUUUAAUUGAAGGUCGAUGGCAGUUAAUGUUCACAACAAGACCCGGAACUGCAUCCCCAAUUCAGAGAACAUUUGUGGGAGUUGACAACUUCAAUGUCUUUCAAGAGGUAUACCUUCGGACAGAUGACCCACGUGUGUCCAAUAUCGUAAGAUUCUCUGAAGCAAUAGGCGAGCUAAAAGUAGAGGCAGCAGCAUCAAUUAAAGAUGGAAAGCGGAUCCUUUUCCGGUUUGAUAGAGCAGCCUUUUCUUUCAAAUUUUUGCCAUUUAAGGUUCCAUAUCCAGUGCCGUUUAGGCUUCUAGGAGACGAAGCAAAGGGUUGGUUAGACACUACAUAUUUGUCACAAUCUGGAAAUCUUCGUAUCUCAAGAGGAAACAAGGGCACCACGUUUGUUCUGCAAAAGAACACUGAACCAAGACAAAGAUUUCUAUCAGUCAUUUCCAAGGGUACAGGAGUAAUGGAGGCAAUUAAUGAGUUCAUCUCCCUAAAUCAGAACAAGGCUACAGGUGAACCACAGCUCUUAGAGGGAGAAUGGCAAAUGAUUUGGAGCUCCCAGCAAGAGACAGACAGUUGGCUAGAAAAUGCUGCCAAUGGCCUUAUGGGGACGCAGAUUGUGAAGGGUGAACAAUUGAAGUUUGUGGUGGACAUUUUGCUUGGGUUCAGAUUUUCCAUGAUCGGCACAUUCGUGAAAACUGGAGCAACCACGUAUGAAGUUACAAUGAAUGAUGCAGCCAUCGUGGCUGGCCCAGUCGGGCUUCCAAUGGAAAUGGAAAGCAAGUUCAACUUAGAGUUGCUAUACACUGAUGACAAGAUUAGAAUCACCCGAGGUUUCAGAAAUAUUACUUUCGUCCAUUUACGUGUGGGCUGAUCCGAUCCCGAAUAUAUAUCCAUUUAUCCAUUUGAACGAAGAAAUUGCUCUAUCGUUCUGUACAUUUUAGUAUAAAUAUAAAUCUCAGUACCACUUUAUUUA